AUGAGGAACGAAAGCGGUGGAUCCCACAACUUCAAGAAACCAAGACUGGACUUGGGAGCCAAGACCGCACCUUCACCACCCCAAGGAUCAACCCGAGUGGAGCCCGGUGAUCAAGUUAAGAGAUAUCGUAGUUCUGAAGAAGCGAAAAUCCAUUUAAUACGCCGUGGCUUUAAGGAAUGGUACGAUCAAUGGAUAUGGCAUGGUGAAAGCUUACCUCAUAGUACAAGUGUUAGUAAGAAUGAAGCUCAUGCAGACAGUCAAACUCAUGCAAAGAGUGAAACUGAAGCAAAUAGUCGAACUCAGGCAGAUAACGAGGAGAAUGAUGAGGAUGAUGGAAUUAAAGACCGAAUAGAUGAAAUGAUGCGUGAUAUGCAGGGAGAUUGUAGUGAAAUGCCUCUUGAAUUUAAAUGUUUGUUUGAGAAUGCUGAAAAACCUUUGUUUUCUGGGUGUGCCAAAUAUACUAAGUUAUCUGGUGUGCUUAAAUUAUAUAAUUUAAAAGCAAAUAAUGGAUGGAGUGAUAAGAGUUUCACGGGAUUAUUAGAACUAAUAAAAGACAUGCUUCCUAAUGAUAAUGAACUUCCAAAUUCAACUUAUGAAGCAAAGAAGUUGUUGAGUCCGUUGGAAUACAAAGACUUGCAUGUAUGUCCAAAGUGUGGGUCAUCGCGUUACAAAAGGAAAAAUGUUGGUGAUGAACCAAAGAAUAAGAAAGGUCCACCAGCCAAAGUGUUAUGGUAUUUACCUGUAAUACCAAGAUUUAAACGCAUGUUUGCUAAUCCAAGGGAUGCAAAAAAUUUGCAAUGGCAUGCUAUUGGGAGAAAAGACGAUGGAAAACUAAGACACCCAGCCGAUUCACCACAAUGGAGGAAUAUUGAUAGGAGGUGUCCUAAAUUCGGUACUGAAAAUAGGAGUCUUAGACUUGGAUUGUGUACUGAUGGAAUGAAUCCUCAUGGAAAUGACAUAGAUGUAUAUCUAGCGCCACUUAUUGAAGAUUUAAAAUUGUUGUGGAAUGAAGGUGUGUCGGUGUAUGAUGCUUAUACUCGAGAAAGUAUUACCUUACGUGCAAUGAUCUUUUGCACCAUAAAUGAUUUUCCAGCCUAUGGUAACCUAUCAGGUUAUACUAAUAAAGGAGCUAAGGCAUGUCCUAUUUGUGAAGAUGAAACAGUCAAUCUAUGGUUGAACAACAGUAAAAAGAAUGUGUUCAUGAGUCAUAGGACAUUUCUUCCAAUUGACCAUCCUUAUCGAAAGAAGAAAAAAGCUUUCAAUGGAGAAUCAGAGACUGGAGUAGCUCGUUUGUCUUUAUCUGGUUUAGUGGUUUAUGACUGUGUUAAAAAUGUUAAUGUUGCUUUCAGCAAAACGUGUAAGACUACUCAGAAGACUCUAUGGAAGAAGAGGUCUAUAUUUUGGGAUCUACCAUACUGGAAGCAUUUAGCUGUUAGACAUUGUCUUGAUGUAAUGCAUAUUGAGAAGAAUGUUUGUGACAUCAUUAUUGGAACACUAUUGAACAUUCAGGGAAAGACAAAAGAUGGUAUUAAAGCUAGAAAGGAUAUGGUUGUAAUGGGAAUACGGGAGAAAUUAGCACCACAAGAAAUGGGAAAACGGGCAUACUUACCUCCAGCUUGUCAUACUUUGUCAAAAAAAGAGAAAACAAGUUUUUGUGCUUGUUUAAAUGGUGUCAAGGUCCCUUCCGGUUAUUCAUCGAAUAUUAAAAAACUUGUGUCAAUGAAGGACCUUAAAUUGGUUGGCAUGAAGUCUCAUGAUUGUCAUGUAUUAAUGCAGCAAAUGUUACAUAUUGCUAUUCGAGAUUUUUACCCAAACAUGUUAGGUAAAGUUGUUGAUGCAGAUGUGUUAGAUGCUUUGCAGGCUGAAGUGGUUGUUACUUUGUGUCAACUUGAAAUGUAUUUUCCCCCAUCCUUUUUUGAUAUUAUGGUGCACUUGAUUGUUCACUUGGUAAGGGAAAUAAAGAUGACUGGUCCGGUUUUUAUGAGAUAUAUGUAUCCGUUUGAAAGAUACAUGGGAAUAUUGAAAGGAUAUUUGAGGAACAGAUAUCGACCUGAAGGAAGUAUAAUUGAAGGUUAUGGUUCUGAAGAGGCAGUUGAGUUUUGUACUGAUUAUUUAGCUAAUGUUGAGUCUAUUGGUAAUCCCAAGCCUAUUCAUGAAGGAAGACUCAGUGGGAAAGGUACUAUUGGAUUUAAACACUUUGUUCCACCUACUAAUUUACGAGAUAAGGCACAUCAUCUCGUAUUGGAACACCUUACUGAGGUUCAUCCGUACUUGGAGCAACACAUGUCUAUGAUAAGACAACAAAAUCCUUCAAAGGGUUAUGACAUAAAUGGAUAUACAUUUUACACCAAGCGACAAGAUGAAAAGAGUGUGGUGCAAAAUAGUGGGGUUACAUUAGUAGCAACAUCAAAAGAUUAUUCAAGUGCUAAAGAUACUAAACCGAUUGAUGUUGUUAUGCCUUACUAUGGUGUGAUUGAAGAGAUUUGGGAAAUCGAUUACAAUGUGUUUUAUGUUUCUGAUCCUGUGGAUAAAAAGUGGUCAAUUGUUUUACAAGGCAAGAGAAGUAUUGUUGGUGUUGGAGAUGUUGUUGAUGAAGAAGAGUAUGAUCAUUUUGAUGAAACUCCUCCAUUUUCAAUUGGUAUUCAGUCUUUAUCUUCAGAGGAUAAUAACCUUGAAAUUAGUUACAUGCGUAGUGAUCAUGAAGAAGAUUGUGGGUUGACCAUCGGCCAUCAUAGUGUUUUGCUGUAA